GGCACAGAAGAGCAGCCAGCGAAACAAUUAAAAAGCGGACGCGUAACCGAAAAAUAGGAAAGCGAAAACGGAAGGAGCGGAUAUUCGCAGGUGAUCCCGCGAGAAGAGGGAGGAGAGAGAUUUUCUAGAAUGACUCAGAAAGUCUUCUUCUCCUGGUAAAAUUCCUAAAGGAAACCACCAAUUCCGACAGGAUGAUCAACCAUAUUAACUGUGAAACCGCCUCCGAUUCCACUCCUUCUACUCCUACUGCUACCCCUUCCGAUCCGGCGCCCUCUGAUCGCCCUGUCCGCGUUUACGCCGAUGGGAUCUACGAUCUAUUUCACUUCGGCCACGCCCGCUCUCUCGAGCAAGCCAAGAAAUCGUUUCCAAACACGUAUCUGCUUGUCGGAUGUUGCAAUGAUGAAAUCACCCACAAGUACAAAGGCAAAACUGUUAUGACGGAAGCCGAGCGUUAUGAAUCUCUCCGCCAUUGCAAGUGGGUUGAUGAAGUCAUCCCUGAUGCACCUUGGGUGAUGACGCAGGAGUUUCUUGACAAGCAUAAGAUAGACUAUGUGGCCCACGAUUCUCUUCCCUAUGCUGAUGCCAGUGGAGCUGGUAAUGAUGUUUAUGAGUUCGUUAAAUCUAUUGGAAAGUUUAAGGAAACGAAGCGAACUGAUGGGAUAUCAACAUCAGACAUAAUAAUGAGGAUAGUUAAAGAUUAUAACCAGUAUGUGAUGCGUAAUUUGGAUCGAGGAUAUACAAGAAAAGAACUUGGAGUUAGCUAUGUGAAGGAAAAGAGACUGAGGGUGAACAUGAGGUUGCAGAAACUACAUGAAAAAGUGAAAGAACAACAAGAAAAAGUGGGAGAAAAGAUCCAAACUGUUGCAAAAACUGCUGGCAUGCAUCGCAAUGAGUGGGUUGAAAAUGCUGAUCGCUGGGUUGCUGGAUUUCUUGAAAUGUUUGAAGAAGGUUGCCAUAAAAUGGUACGAACCCUUUUAUGAAGCAUUUAUAUAUACAUGAUGCU